CCUCCCUGUAGAGUGUGAGCGGCAACAACCUGUAGAUCCUUGGCCUGGUGCGCCAGGAGUACACUGGGAUGUACCAGUGUGUGGCGCACAGCUCGCCGGGGACGCCCAGCUGUGUGUCCUUGAGUCAAAGAACGCGUCCAGAACGUGAGUGCAGCUCCUCCAGCGAGGGACGGGAUGAAUACAAGACCCAGAUCAGCGACCUAAGUCCCGGGAGUAACUACAUGGUGCGGGUGGCGGCCCACACCUCCGGCGGCCUGGUGGGCGCCUCCAUACACGAGGUGCGGGUGUUCACCAAGCCGGACCUGGACCUGCCCUCCGCCUCAGAGUCUGAAAGUUGUCUCCACCUCACCCACCAGUCUGGAGGCCACUUGGUCGCCGCCCGUACUGGCCAAAACGCCCAUCACGGGAUACACCAUGUUCUAUACGCAGUUUUCUCCUCAGGUUGGGUCAGCAGAAGAACACGAAGUAAAGGUCACUGGUACGUCACAUGACCUCCAAGGCCUGGACCAGUUCACUGAGCACAGCGUGUGGCUCACCGCCGUCAACAGUAAUGGCGGGGGAGACGCCACCCCGGAGGUCACUGCCAGAACCUUCUCAGACGUGCCCUCAAAGGAGCCUCAGAAUGUGAGCGUUGAGGCUGCCAGCUCAAGGAGCCUCAUCAUCUGCUGGGAGCCUCCGCUGGCCGAGCACCAGAAUGGGAUCAUCACCAGCUGCAAGAUCCGCUACAAAGAGCGCGGCGAGUCAGGUUCCUCCAAGACCAAAGCCACAGACGGAAACAGACGACUCUUUGCCCUCAAGAAAAGCACCACAUACUCCAUAAAGGUUUAACCCGUCUGCUGCGAUUGGCACAGAUUUCACAUUCACUGGCAGCCUGAUAACAUACAGUCCCUGGUCUUUCUCUGCCUCUGUGGUGGAUAAUGGAGUGUUUCCCAUGUGGUAUUGGUGUGCUGGAUAUCUCUUCACUGGUAGCCUGAUAACAUACAGUCCCUGGUCUUUCUCUGCCUCUGUGGUGGAUAGUGGAGUGUUUCCCAUGUGGUAUUGGUGUGCUGGAUAUCCCCUCCCAUGGUGCAGGACUUACCUUUUCUUCAUUGAAUUGUAGCCACAGAUACUUUUUGUUCUCGCUGUUCAUUUCCCAUUUCCUUCUGGUUCUCCUCCUCCUCCUCCUGUAACCCUCUCUUUCCUGUCCCUACUGAUCAUGUUCUCUUUUUUCCUCUUGCUGUUCCUGUGUCCCCGCCCUGCCAAAUAUUCUCCCGCGUCCUGCUUCUCGGCAUUUCCUUGAGCAGGUUAGUGCAGAGAGCGUACACAGCUUAGGGUCGGAGAGGCUUUGACGGAGCUCAACCAACGUAAUGUACAGACUGAAGCGAAACAGCGCCACAAAGAGAGCCCACGAGACCACAAUUACACACUGUACACAUAUAACAUAAACUUGGGCGAGGCUGUGGAUUUUGAUGCAGCGGAUGUACAUUUUGAUCCAAUGACCCUGAUAACCUAAAACCGGUGAAUGUAUAGGAGGCGAAGCUACACACGCACACGCACACACACACACACACACACACACACACACACACACACACACACAAUAAUACAAUACCCGUCAACAUUACAAAGAGAAAGUAUUCUUCCCAUGAUAAAUACUGAUUAAAAAGUCUUGUGUGUGUGUGUGUGUGUGUGUGUGUGUGUGUGUAAUUCACCUCGGCCUGAUCACGAGUUGGACUCGGUCCCGCCAGCAGGUACCCUCCCGACGUGAACAAGUGCUCAUCAUCAUCGAUCUCUGGGUACUGCCAGGACCUCACACACCACACCCCCCAUCCCCCUUGCUCAAGGGAGGACAGUAACCACUCCUUGUCAACAGAAAGAAUCCGGCCUGAUGGGGGCUCAAACCGCUGCCUGUUUGGCCGUAAAGCCUUGCAGCGCAGCGCUCUACCGAUUGAGCUGUGUGUGUGUGUGCAUGUGUGUGUGUGUGUGUGUGUGUGUGUAGCCUCGCCUCCUAUACAUUCACUCUGGUUUAGAUUAGCAGCUGCUGCAGUCUGACUCGACUCGCUCUCCUGAUCAUUACUGCCGCAGGAAAUGACAUAACUGUCUUCUCCCACACUCUACCUUCUCUUCCUCGCUUUAUUCUUCAUUAUUACCAUUACCAGAAGCUUUAUUACUCUGUUCCCCGCAUAAGGAGGACGAGGGGACAGACACAUGCGUUUGGCUUCCUGAUCCAAUACAUAUUAUCAAGGGAAGCAUGAUAGCAAGAGAAUAUUGAGCUACACACAACUUUUACUACCAUUAUUAUUGCCAAGAUUGUCACGUGUAAGGAGGACGGGGAGCCAGGGACAUGGGUUUGGCUUCCUGACACAACACGCAUCAUCAGAGGAAGCAAGGCAGCAAGCGAAUAAUGAGCAGCACACAACUAUACGCAUACAAUUCCAGCACUGCCGCCAGGUAAGACCACGAGAGACUAACAAUGAGGAGCCCAACAACAUCGUUACGUCCGCAUUGCAUCGCUCCACAUCUUAUCCGCCCCCAGUUACCAGCGCAUAGAAGCUCCUGCCCUUCCCCAUUACGCGUAUAUCAUUAGCCAAG